AUGCCAUCCCAGGCUAGCGGCCAUGACUCGCCUGAAUCCUCCCUUCCAGGCCGCUCAGAAAAUGGCCCGGCUCUCACCUUGACGGGAAGGACCAUUCAGGCGUGUGAUCGGUGUCGACUAAAGAAGGUGGGUCACGCGUUCACCGGAGUGAUCCUACUUGGCCGCUCACCAUCCUAUCUUGCUAGGUUCGCUGCGACGGAGCUGUUCCUACGUAUCUUCUGCGCGCAAGCAAGGGAUGCUAAUCUGUCGCAAUUGAAGUGUGGACGGUGUAAACGCGUCGGCCUGGAAUGCCUGACUACGGUAAAGCUGAACCGCAAGUCUUACCCCAGAAGCUACACCGAAUCGAUCGAACAGCGUCUGAGGCAGUUGGAAGCCGAAGUCCAUCAACUAAGAGACAGCAAUGACGCCAAGGAUAAGCGGAUCAAAGAGCUGGAGUCUUCGUACACCAAGCCUGCCAUCUAUGGACAACCGAGCUCUGCUGCUCUCCGAGGAACCGUCCCGCUCAUUACCCCGAGUCGGGACAGCUUCUCAAGGAACAAUGCCAGGCCACCGACUGACGAGCCCCUCUCGCGCGAAGUAGGGCGGAUGAAUCUGGACGGAUCUGGCGUUGGACGAUUUAUGGGCUCCUCGUCGGGAAUUUUCUUCGUUGGAACAGCGCAGCAGAAGCUCGCCAAGAUCAGCAAAACGCCGGGGAAAAUAGGAGAUGCCCUCCUUCGAGUUGACAUCGAUGACGAUACAAUACAGUAUCCUCUUCAACCACGCAUUGACGAUGCACAUGCAUCGAUUAUCCUUCCACCGUUAGAGACGGCUACAACGUACAUAGACGCCUGGUUCGACUCGUGGAAAUUCCUGCUUCCGAUCCUUCAUCGUCCUAGCUUCAUGAAUGAAGUGAACGGUCUCUAUUCGGCCCCGCCUGAGCAACGCGAUAGAGCAUUUCUAGCAUUAUUCUUUCUUGUCUUGGCCUUAGGAUGCCGUCACUUGUUUCUCACCGGUGUAGCCAACCAGGGUUGUCCGACUAUCAAUGCGGAAGGGAAGGAUAUUGAUCUAUUCUGCCAGUCGUCCAAAUUCCGGGACGACAUUCUGGCCCCGAAUGAUCUCCGAACACUGCAGUUUCAAGGAAUUCUGGCCAUGUGGUACCUCUACACGGGAAAGCGAAGUCUCGCCUUCCAGGUGACUGGGAGCAUGACCAGACUCGCCCUUGAGCUAGGGUUACAUCGACAUACGAGAAGAUUCCACUUCAGCCCAUUGAUAACCGAGCUGCGAAAGAGGGCCUUCUGGGUUUGCUACAUGCUCGAUAACUUCCUUUCUGCGGUGGAGGGACUUCCAAAAACACUCCGGGAUCGUGAUAUUGAUGUUGAGCUGCCGUCUGAUGUGGACGACGAUUUUGUCACCGCCGACGAGUACUUAUUAUCCCUUCCUGGUGAACCGACCGGAAUGCUUCUUUUCGUGUCUCUGAUCAAAGUCGUGCGUGUCCUCUCCAACGCUCUGGAGAUUCUCUACACCACGACGGAGAGGAGACAGGCUGUGACAAAGAUUGAGUCCAUUGAUCGAUCGCUCGAUGAAUGGUUGCACAAUCUUCCCGAUCAUCUCCACCUUGAUCCAGCUACUCUCUCAGAGUUUUCAGGCGACGACCGGGGAACUGACCCGGCUGUUGCAUUUCUCCAUUUGACGCAUCUCUAUACGCGAUUUGUAGCCCAUCGCGUGGCCAUCUCAUUCCAACCUCAAGCUAUUCAGUAUUGGACUUCGCUCGCAAGAUGUACGACUCUCGCAAAGGAGAUCAUAUGCCUUAAUGCGCAAUGUCAACGUCAUCUACUCGUCUUCGCGUUGAAUCCUGGAUCGCACGUGUACACUUUAUGGUCUUGCGGGCUAAUGGCCCUGUAUGGCUUGUGGGAGUUCAGGACGAGAGAAGAGGGAGACUUGGACUCGGCCACUGCGAGCGAUCUGAGAUUGGCGGCGGAAACCUGUGUAAAACUCCUCGUGUCACUGGUGGCCGCUGGUAGACGCAGAGAGCAGGUUAGAGUUGACAACCUCAGGGAGAUAAUCACAGCAAUAUUCUCCAGCCAGACGUCAUCUGCAAUGAGGACGACAGAUGCUUUCAGCACCUCUCUGCUCCCAGCAAUUCCUCAAUCAAGCAUGAGCUCCCAUACACCAUCUGAUAGACAGUCCGCAACUUCAGGGAGCACGUUUAGUCAACUCUUCCAAUCAGCAUGCGCCGGCCAGAGUGAAGACAGUGUUAAUUCAUCCAGCGGUGCGGCUGCGCAAGCCAAUCCUAAUGAUUCGCCAGGCUUGGUCCGCUCAGAAAUGGCAAUGCCGACACCACAGUUGAUGAACGGUUUCAGCGUCGACUAUAGCAGCUUCUCGCAACCCCAGCAGAUGCCAUCCAUGGGAUAUGCUCACGAUCAGGGAUCGAUCGUGGGCAACCAGUCCCUGGAUGACAUCCAGCAAAUCUGGGACGAUCCAGUUUUCGACCUGACGUCCAUGAUCAGUGCGGGUUCCAACACCGCAUUCGCAGAUGAUAUGGCCAACUUUUCGGCGUCGCGUGAUGAUGGAUCGUCCAGGAAAAGGAUAAGGACAGAUGCGUCAUGA